AUGUUCCCUGGGCCGGCCGGGUUGGAAUUCCAACCGUACGAUUGCCAUCGUGCGGUUCACCCUCGUCCUCCCUCUGGGCCACACUUGGACCUGGUUGUCCAACUGCACCCCUCUGGUUCCUCCCACUUCUCCCUCUCGGCUGCUCCCUCACUUCCUCCUCGACUUCUUCAUCACUGCCGCUACUCUCUUCACGUGCCUCCUCCCUAUAAGACGGAUCAUUCCGCUCAUUACUUUCAGUAUCCGGUAGUGUUAAAGCCCGACGCCCUGCAGACUGGAACGCGUUCUCCGGACCCCCUUCAACCCUGUUUCCUUCUCGCCGUCCCGCUCCUCGUCCUCUCCCUUGCAAUGGUGAUUGCCGGCGAGCCGUGGCCAACGCCAUCGCCCGCUGCCGCUGCGUCAGCGGUGAGCGGAAGGUCCCUGCCUGUUGCUGCCUCUGAGACUGCUGCCCUGAAGCCGCCGCUGCCUCCCGCAUUGAAGGCUGUGUCCUCGGCCCCUGCUGCAGCUGAUCAGCAUCCGGCUCCCCCUGCUCCUGUCGCUGCUCCCGCAGGACAGGUUCCUGCCGCUGCUCCCGCUCCCCCUGCUCCUGUCGCUGCCCCGGUUCCCCCUGCCCCUGAUGUUGCUGUUCUGUCUCCUCCCGUCGAUCUUGGCGCCCCGCCAUUCGACGCUGCCCCUGUUGCGCUGGCUGCCGCCGUGGGCUCUGCCGCGCCGGUGGUGUCGCAACCGGCGGUGUCCGCCACCACUGCCGGCCAGUCCCUCGUGGUGGGACCUGUUGAAGCUCCCGCCCCUCCAGCUGCGGCGAUUUCUGUGCCGCUCCCAAACGUCCAGGCGGUGCCUGAUCCUGCGCCGCUCGCUGCUGUUCCCCCUGCUCAGCAUCAGCCAACUCCGGGCCGCCGGCAGCAUCGGCCUCACUCCCCGGCGCCACGGGACGAGCGAGAGAUGACGCGGCGGCGUCGUGACUCUCCUCGGCGCCGUGGUUUCCAGGCGAGCUGGGCUUCGGCCGUUCCUCAUGCUCCCUCUGCAUCUGCUGCUGCACUUGGGAACCGUAUGCGCCUGCCGUGGGUUCUUCCUGUGGCAAGGGGACCCGUGACGGGUCAGUAUCCCUCUCUGCUGCCCGUCGAUCCCCCUCUGCCGACUGCUCCGCUACCUCAACAGUCGCUGGUGGGGCCCUCUCCUUCCGCUGUGGUGCCGGAGGCGUCUCUGGGGCAGCUGUGGCGCCUCUCUGAGGGCCUGCGGGCUGUUCACCUGAUUCAGUUGUAUGGUCACGCGGCUCUCGCCCAGGGUGUUCCUCUGGACAGUGGCCAUCGGGACGAGUGCCUAGAUGCCGCUGAUCGGCUGGUCGAGCUCCUGGCACCCGUGUUGGCUGCGCCCGCGCGGGGUGGAGUUGCGGGCGUUGGACAGCUUGGGACGGCAGUCCGUGGGCUGCGCCGGUUUUUGCGCGCAGGGACUGCAGUCGACUUGAUCGGCGCAACCACCGUGGUGGUGCGCGAGCUUCAUCGCUCUCUGACGGGUCUUCUCGCUGUCCUUGACGCGGAUCAGAUGUAG